AUGAUAUCUGCAGCUCAUCGAGGAAAGAAGUUGAAACUGAAUAUCGUGACCGGCUUGGAAGCUCCAUUGCUUGAUCGGUUUGGUCAGGUGGAGUUUGUCAACAACGGGGCCGGCAUCAAAAAUCCGUUGGCAUGCGCAACUAAAGUGGAACGUGAAGUGCUGAGUCAACUGUACGUAACCGUUGCUUCUGAGCUACGCUGUCAGUAUCCAAUAUUUUGGGUGCAUGCGUUUGGAGAUUCAAGUCGCUAUUUUAAUGUCGUUUUCGGCAAACUCACAGAUAUCGGGGUCGGUCUGGUUUGCUCCAAUGCGCUGUAA